AAUCGGGAGAAACACGUGGUGCACGCCUUCUUCUCUUUGUUCCCUUUCGAUUUUUCACGAUUCGCGUCGAUAUACACCUCGUCGUGCAUACUCGGUGGAUAAGAGGGGAGAGAAGGAGAGGAAUGUGUUUGAAGCACAAUGGAGCAUGUUAUUUACGAGGAUCAAGUAAGUCCGGUGAUGUACAUUGGUGCCGCGAUCGCGUUGGGAUUUAUAGGAUUCUUCGGGUUCACUGCGAAUCUCUUGGUGGCGAUCGUGAUCGUCAAGGACGCGCAGAUACUAUGGACCCCUGUGAACGUGAUUCUGUUUAAUCUAGUCGUUGGCGACUUUUUGGUGUCCAUAUUUGGAAAUCCUGUCGCGAUGGUCUCUGCCGCCACUGGUGGAUGGUACUGGGGCUACAAAAUGUGUCUCUGGUAUGCCUGGUUCAUGUCCACUCUGGGAUUCGCCAGUAUCGGGAACUUGACGGUGAUGGCUGUCGAGCGUUGGCUGCUGGUGGCCAGACCGAUGCAAGCUUUAUCCAUAAGACACGCGGCGAUACUAGCAUCCUUUGUCUGGAUUUACGCGCUAUGCCUCUCUUUGCCGCCAUUGUUCGGCUGGGGAAGUUACGGGCCGGAGGCAGGGAACGUAUCUUGCAGCGUGUCCUGGGAGGUCCACGAUCCCGUCACCAACAGCGAGACCUAUAUAGGAUUUCUCUUCGUGUUCGGCCUGAUCGUCCCAGUUUUGACCAUCGUUUCCAGUUACGCGGCAAUCGUACUGACCUUGAAGAAAGUGAGCAAGAGGGCAGGUGCAAGUGGAAGGCGCGAGGCAAAGAUUACGAAAAUGGUUGCGUUAAUGAUAACGGCUUUCUUACUCGCUUGGUCACCUUACGCUGCCCUCGCGAUCGCUGCGCAAUAUUUCAACGCGAAACCAUCGGCGACCGUGGCCGUGCUUCCAGCCCUGCUGGCCAAAUCCUCCAUCUGCUACAAUCCUAUAAUUUACGCCGGUUUGAACAACCAAUUUUCCCAUUUCCUGAAGAAGAUCUUCGACGCGCGAAGCUCGAGGACCGCGGCCCCCGACAGCCAACACACAGCGUUGACCGUGAUGAGCAAGAGGCAGGAGCAAAGGAAAUGAGGACCGCUAUCCUCCAUCGGGCGGCCCAAGCUUCGAAUUGAACGCUCAACGAAUCGUGAAAUCGUUGGAUAUAAGCGUUGUUCCAACAGACCGUGCAUCGAUAUAUCAAAAGAUAAUUUAAUCUUAAUAAUAAA